CUCUCUUUAUUUGUCGUGCGUGCGUGCGAUGUUAGAUGGUGAUUGUCUGAGGAAAAUAUCGGACCUCCUCUCCACAAACAUCUCUCUCCCCCCGGGAAUCUUUGCUUUGUGAGGAACAAUGAGCAGCGUGGCAUCAUCGUCCGAGGAAUCUCCCGAUUCAGCUCAGCGGAUCGAUUCCUUCAACGGCCAGCAGAGUGUCUAUUUCGUCCCCUUCAGGUGGUGGAAAGAUGCUCAAGAGUCAGUGCCUUGUGAAUCUGUUGAGAAACGAGAGAUCUUGUAUACAGCUGCGACUACUGGGUCGUCUUAUGGAGGAGGCCCAAUGAAGUUGAUUAACAACAUCUUUAACUCUGAUAUCUUGUUUGAUCUGAGGAGAGAAGGUGAUGCGUUACAGAGUGGUGAAGCUGGAGAAGAAGCAAGCGUCUCAGGGAGGGAUUUUGCAUUGGUCUCGAGUGAUAUGUGGCUGCAGGCACUCAAAUGGCACCACAAUGAUAAAAUUAAUGAGAAAGGCGUGAAAAGUUUAUCGACUGGAGGCGUUGACAGAGGUGAUGUUUAUCCAGUACAACUCAGGCUCUCCGUCUUGCAGGAAACCAAUUCAUUGGCGGUUAAAAUUUGCAAAAAGGACAAUUCAGUUGAGUGCUUCAGACGAGCAUGCAAGAUAUUCAGUUUGGAUUCGGAGCAGCUGCGCAUUUGGGAUAUUUCUGGGCAAACAACCUUGUUUUUCGAAACUGAUCUGAACAGUUCCAAGGAUAGCCAACAACAAAGAGAUCAAGAAAUGCUCUUAGAGCUGCAGAUUUAUGGGUUAUCAGACUCCAUCAAACUGAAGGAAUCGAAAAAAGAAGAUGGUUCCACACAGCAAACCAACGGAAUUACCAAUGGCAUUAAUGGUGGCACACCGUUCAGAUUUGGACGGAGUCAUUCUUUGAGCUUUUUGGGAAAAGCUGGGGAAGCUGGAACUUUGGGGCUGACAGGCUUGCAGAAUCUAGGAAAUACUUGUUUCAUGAACAGUUCCCUUCAGUGCUUGGCUCAUACACCAAAGCUUGUUGACUUCUUUCUUGGAGAGUACAUCAGAGAAAUAAAUCUGGAGAACCCAUUGGGAAUGAAAGGUGAGAUCGCGUUAGCUUUUGGUGACUUGUUAAGGAGUUUGUGGGCUCCAGGUGCAUCAACUGUGGCUCCAAUGACAUUUAAAGCAAAACUCGGUCGAUUUGCUCCUCAGUUUAGUGGCUUUAAUCAGCAUGAUUCGCAGGAACUUUUAGCUUUCUUGCUGGAUGGACUUCACGAGGACUUAAACCGUGUAAAGAACAAGCCUUAUGUGGAAGCAAAAGAUGGAGAUUGCCGUCCAGACGAGGAAGUGGCUGAUGAAUAUUGGCAAAAUCAUGUGGCUCGGAAUGAUUCAAUAAUUGUUGAUGUGUGCCAAGGCCAGUACAAGUCAACAUUAGUUUGUCCUAUUUGCAAAAAGGUUUCUGUUAUGUUUGAUCCGUUCAUGUACCUAUCGCUACCUUUGCCAUGCACGUCAAUGCGAACAAUGGAUUUAACAGUCAUGAGUGCCGAUGGAGGUAGUCUGCCUGUCUCACUGACUGUCAACGUCCCUAAGUUUGGCAAAUUUGAAGAUCUUCAGAAAGCUCUUGUCACUGCCUGUUCUUUGCCAGAGGAUGAGACUUUAAUGGUUACUGAGGUGUACAACAAUCGGAUUCUUCGAGUCCUGGAGGAUCCUACUGAUUCAUUGUCCUUGAUCAGAGAUGGUGACAAACUUGUCGUGUAUCGGUUAAAGAAAGAUGCAAACGAUUCUCCUUUGAUUGUAUUUAUGCAUCAGAAGCUGGAAGAGCAGUUCAUCUGUGGGAAAUCAAGCCCAACUUGGAAGGGAUUUGGAAUCCCCUUGGUCUCGAGGCUUUGUGAUGUCGAGAAUGGAUUUGAUGUUGAGAACAUGUACCUUAAGUUGCUUAGUUCAUUUAAGAAGCCUACUGAAGUCGUCACAGAGAAUCUUGAAAAUCCAACCGAAGAAGAAGCGACUGAUAAAGCAGGUACCGAUGGUACUACUUCAGUUGAGAAUAAAAAUUCCACUGAUGUGAAGGAGACUACUGAGUCUCUUCCAGACCCUGUGUUGAGGCUUUACCUAACCGGCGACAGAGGAGGCUCUAUAGAAUCUGAGAUAUUGAAAGAAAAGCCUGUAAAUAUUAAAUCCAAGCGGUUGAAUGUGCUUGCACGUUGGCCAGUGAAAGAUCUAGACGUUUAUGAUACUUGUCUUCUGAGCUCCUUGCCUGAGGUUUCCAAAAUUGGAACUAAGAGACCCCAGGAAACAGUCUCGCUUUACAAGUGCCUUGAAGCAUUCUUGACGGAGGAGCCUCUUGGUCCUGAUGACAUGUGGUAUUGUCCUGGCUGUAAAGAACACCGACAAGCCAUUAAAAAGUUGGAUCUCUGGAGGUUGCCAGAGAUACUGGUGAUUCAUCUGAAGAGGUUUUCUUAUAGCCGGUUUAUGAAAAACAAGCUGGAGGCCUUUGUGGACUUCCCGAUAGAUGGUCUUGAUCUGUCAAGCUACAUAUCAUACAAAAAUGGGCAGACGACUUAUCGCUACAUGCUAUAUGCGAUUAGUAAUCACUAUGGGGGAAUGGGAGGUGGUCAUUACACUGCAUAUGUCCACCAUGGGGGUGAUAGAUGGUACGACUUUGAUGAUAGCCAUGUCAACCAGAUAAGCCAAGAAAAGAUCAAGACUUCGGCUGCUUACGUUCUGUUCUAUAAACGUUUAGUAGAAGAAUAAUGAACCAGAAGCUGAAAAGGACAAGAAAGAGAGGUAUGUGGAGUUUUAGGGAAGCUUAUUCAUCACUGGCUUGAUUUUCAUUCAGCACAUGAUCAAGGUCAAAAGCAGCUUGCUUGCAUACAGGAGAGAGAGAAGAAGAGCAAAAGCCCGAGAGGACAUGGUGCGGGGAAUUCAUUUUAUUUUAUACAAAAAGUUGGUGUCUGAUUAUUUCAUUGAACUAUAUUCAAUUUAGAGUAGGAAGAAUAGAGAAAGGCUUUUGAAGAAAACCCUAAAACCCUUGUGGGAUUAUCUUUCUAAUUGUUGUUUAGUUUUUAUGUCAACAGUCGCCUCUUUACCAUGAAAGUUAAAGGAAACGUCACUGGUUCUUUUUUUUC